AUGGAUCGGUUGUUUCAAGAGGUCAAGCAUACCGCAUCUCAAGAUGCUUUUGGGCGAUCUUCCCUGCUGUUCCCGCUGCCAGUAGAUUGUAGUCGGGAAGCCCUGACAGGAGAGGCCUGUGGUGGCCCCGAGUGCGCAUGGCUAGCGCUUGUAUGCCAUGGACUGAACGUUCUGUCCGGCUGCAAAAAGUCAGCGCCCCGCAAGCGGUUGGGUCGGCAGGUUCUAGAGCUGUUGAGAGUUUUGGAUGCCCGGAUUGGGCGGUUCCUUUCUUUGUUUUCCCCCUUAAAGGUUGACCCCCACGAAGUCUGGCAGGACGUCUUAAGUAAGAGGAUCUCCUAUGACGGGGAGGAAUUUGUGGAGCCGGUGGCACUAACCCGGGAGCAGAUCACGGCCAGCCUGCCCCCCCUGGGUCAUGGGGGGUCGGUUGAACUCACCCCUCUCUUGGUAGGCCGCGCGGAGUACCUGAUCCAGCGACCGGAAGAGCUACUGCUGGACAAGGAGCUGAUGGAAGAGGGACCUAAUGCUGCCCGUGUGCACAUCGCGCUGGGUGAAGCCAUGAAGGUCUGGGAGCUGUUGGAAGAGCGCGGCAUCGUUGAGUGGAUUGAUCUGCAAGACGUCUACUCUGAUGACGGCGGGCCCUAUUUGGCGGGCAUGUUCGGGGUGCCGAAAGCUGGCAAGUUUUCGCCCGCGGGUGACCCACUUCUACGGGUGAUCAUGAAUUUGAAGCCCAUCAACCGGGCCCUGGACAUAGUGAGGGGAGACAUAGGUGAGCUGCCGAUGGCUACAACCUGGAACCAACUGAUGCUGGACGAGUCCGAGACGGUUCACAUCAGCCAGGCUGAUAUGAGCAGCGCAUUCUACUUGUUCAGCUUGCCUGCACCGUGGCGCCGGUUUAUGGCCUUCAAUGCCCCGACGCGCGGCUCAGCGCUGGGGCGGGAUGCCAACAAAACCUAUGUGCCGGCUUGCAAGGUCCUUCCGAUGGGAUGGAACUCGUCCGUUGGGCUGAUGCAGAUGGCAUCUAGGCAGCUGGUCAAGCGGUGCCAGACGUGGGGGGCCGUCGAGCUCAAGAGGCAAGCUCUGGCCCCUCCCUGGUUUGUGGACACGGUGGCCCGGGCUGGACCGCGUUUGUUCUGGCAAGUUUACCUGGACAACUUCAUGGCAGGUGAAGUCAGUUUAAAGGGUCUGCCCGACUCGGCCUCUGGUGACCUUCACCGCGAGGCAGUCAGGGCAUGGACCCGCGAAGGAGUGCUCUGUGCCGAAGACAAGCACGUCUUGAGCGCCCAGGACGCCACGGAACUGGGGGUCCAUCUGAACGGUGAGCACGGUUUGGUUGGCGCCGGCCCACAACGGAUCCACAAGUUAUUGGUGGCGACAUUGAUGUCAAGACCGCAGGCGCUGGUGGCCAGUGGUCAAGCAAGAGCUCGGGCUACUAGUCUGUUUGGUGCCAUUACUCCAAACGGACUUGAGGGCGACUUUCUCGCCGGUGGUGACCUGUUCGGACGCCUGCUGGUGGUAUCUGCAUUCAACGGGAUAGGAGGGGCAUUCCGGGGUUAUGACUUGGCCGGAGUAAAACCCCGAGGACUGGUGGCUAUUGAGUGGAGCAAAGCCGCCCAAAGGGUCACACGGAAGGCCUGGCCACGCGUGAUUGAAGUGGGUGACAUUGAAACGGUGACAGAAAGCACCGUAAAGGAGUGGAGCAAUCGCUUCCCCCGAGUCACCCAUGUGCACUUGGUGGGCGGCUUCCCCUGUGUUCACCUGUCAGCUGUCCGCGCUGGGCGGCUGAACUUAAGCGGGGAAGGAUCGAAGCUUUUCUGGAACUUGGUGGCCCUGCUGCAAUGGCUCCGAACCAUCUUUGGCCCCACUGCGCAGGUGGACUUUAUCAUUGAGAAUGUCCUCUCCAUGGAUACCUCGGCCCGGCGCGAGAUUUCGCAGGUUCUGGGCGUCGAGCCGUAUGCGCUCUGCCCGUCGGACCUGUUGCCGUAUAAUCGGCCAAGACUUGCCUGGGUCAGUGAGAGGCUGGAAGAAGGGCCGGGCAUUCGCCUGGAACGGCUGGACGGCUUCACCAGAGUUUGGAUGAGUGGCGCCGGUAUAACUGAUGAGCAAUGGAUUACACCAGGCUGGAAGAGGUAUGACGGUCAUGGGAAGCUCCCGACCUUCAUGAAGGCCAUAGCGCGCUUGAGGCCGCCUGAUCGGCCCGCUGGUGUGGCCAGAUGUGAUGAAAGCGCCAUCGCGCGCUGGCGCAGUGACAGUUUCAGGUUCCCUCCCUAUCAGUACAAGCUGGACAACCUGCUGGAGAGUGAGGAUGGGGACCUGCGUUACUGCAACGCGACUGAACGCUGCCUGCUGUUAGGCUUUGGGUUCGGCCACACCGCCUUCGCCAUGUCGGCUAGCCAAGCUAAGGGGCAUGAACAGGAGCUGGAGGACUUGCAGUUGCUGAUGUCGCCGCGCCCCUGCAACGCCGACUUUCUUAUGGACCUGAACCUGACAGAGCCGCGCGCCGCGCGACGUGGUGUCUCGCUGCGAGCGGUAGGGAUUAGCGUCAAAACAGAACGACGCUACACCAGCGCCGUGGCCACGCUGCUGCCGACCCUUGAAGCCGCGGAGUCGCUGGACGAGCUGGACCCACUCUGUGAGGAGUGGAUUGAGGCCCAGUGGAUCAGUGGCACACCGCUGGGACUGAUAGGAGAUGCCCUUUGUGGUAUCCACUUCUUCUGGCCGCAGGUCAAGGGACAUCUCCGUGGGGCUUGGCGCUUGUACAAAAACUGGCGCAAAAUUGAGGUCCCGCAGCGUGCCCCGCCGCUGCCCCGGGUUGUCUGUCGGGCGCUAGUUGGGGUCUUCCUGGAAUGGGAGGAACCCGCGCUGGCAUUCCUGGUGGUGCUGGGGUUUCAUACCUAUCUCCGCACCGGGGAAAUUCUCAAACUUCAGGUACGGGACGUCAUGCUGACCCCGGAACACGGAGUGGUGUCCAUUAAGGGUAGUAAGACUGGCCUACGGUUCAAUGUGGAUGAAGCGGUGGCCAUCAACGAUAAGGCCUUGCAUCAGCUUUGGGAGCUCUGCCACCUGGAGAGGAGAGGAGGAGCUACGCACAGCUACCAGGUGCAGCAAUCUCUGGAGAGCAUUCUUCUCCGUGGCAGAUGGCGGGCACUGAGUGUGGCCCGCAUGAAUGGAGCCGUGGAAUGGCAUAAGGGCUACUUAGCCUUUUCAGUGCAGGGCAUGCCUUGUGCCCCUGGCCAGCACGUGCCUUGCGUGUUUCGGCUGAAAAUGACCAUAGGGUCGGGAAAGGGUCAAAGGACCAAAUAUGUCCAGAGGGACAUCUUUCACUUCAGGUGCUUUCUUCAAUAA